UGGAGAAACCAAUUAUUCUGCUGCUCUGGGUGCAACACGUUAAGAUCUCAAAUAGUUUCCAGUAUAUACCAAUUAAUAAACAAGCAACAGCAGUUUUUAUUGAGUGGGAUGAAUUUCCUAAGGGAGGAAAUCCUGAGUUUUAUUUUUUAAAAUAUCAACUUCUUAAUAAAAGAUCAACGCUGAAAAUAUUUUCAUGGGAAGAUGAAACUAAUUAUUUACAGAAUGUCAAAAGAAUUCCUGUAGACCCACAAAAACGUCAGAAGUCAAUAACCCUAGUAGAAAACGAAGACUAUUACAUCAUAAUACAGUCCAUAAAAUAUGGAAAAAUUUUAUGUGAAAAGUCAUUCCAAACUCGUGGAAUCUCAACUAGUGAUAUUAAAAUAAUAGCAACAAGUACAAGUGUUUCCUUUGAUUGGAAUGUGCUCUCUUUCGAUGAUAUAUUGGUGUCACUAUCUCUUAAUAAUUUUUCACAAAUUAUACAAAAUAAUGUUAUGGUUUAUGAAUGGGGAAAUUUGAAACCUGCAACUUUAUAUGCUUUUACAUUUGAAUUUAAACAGUUGCAUCUGGAUUUCAUAAACAUAUUUCAGAAACUGAAUGUUCAAGUUGAAACAGGUUCAUGUUCACAAGGAUGGGUAGCAUUAAAAAAUAACUGUUAUAGAUUAAGUAGUGAGAGAAAACCAUGGAAAGUAGCCCAGCAACAGUGCAAGUUAUUCUUAAGUUCUGCACACCUUGUGGAUAUAAAAAAUGAAGAAGAAAAACAUUUUAUAUUUUCACAUCUCAGGUCAAAGAAUCAAAUAAUGAUAUGGACUGGUCUUAACCAUACUAAGAAAGAUCAUCUAACUUGGACAGAUGGAUCAUCCUUUGGCCUUAAGAAAAAUGAAAUGUUUUCUUUUCUACUGCUCCCUAAGAAUGAAACAGAUUGCUACAUUUUACAGCAAAAUGCAGCUGGAUCAAACUAUUACUUUACAAGAUAUUUUUGUUCUAUUCCAUUGCCAUAUAUUUGUGAAUAUAAAUUACCUUCUCUUCCUGAAAACUUACUGUUUCGUGUGAAGGAUGUUGGAACAACUGAAGUUGUAUUUGGUUGGAAUAAUUUGAAUGGUUGGAAUAAUUUGAAUAAGUGGCUAGAACUGGGAUAUAAGAUUAUCCUUAAAUAUUAUUUAGGUUGUACAGAAGAACAACAUUUGGAAAGCAUGCCUCCAAAUACUACAGAAAAAGCAAUUACCAUGCUGUCUCCUGGACAUAUAUAUAGAUUUUUACUCUUUGCAUUAAAUGAAGAGGAGGCAAAAAUUUCUUUAAAUCCAGUAUUUAUUGUAGAAACACGCCCAUUAUCACCCCAGAAAUUUAGAGUCACCCAUGUGACCCCAAGAGAAAUAUUUUUACUCUGGGAUCCUCCAGAUUCCUCAUCUUUUCACCAUUAUCUUAUCACCAUUUUGGAUGUUGAGAACAAUAAGUCAGAAGAGAUAUUUGUUGAAAAAUUCAAAGUAACAGCUAUAGUUGGAAAUCUCAAGUCUUUUCAUGAAUACCUGAUAUAUCUAUUCAGUGUAGCAGAGAAAGGAACUUUAAGUUGCCUUCAGAAACCUAUUUCAGUUCUUACAGGUCUGGAAGUACCAUCAGAUGUCUGUGAGGGCAAUGUUACAGGCUCCUCCAUAGAAAUUCUCUGGAAUCGAGCUUAUGGGAAUUUCCAGCAUUAUGAAAUCACAUGUAAAAGCUACCAUGCUGCUUUCAUGGUCCACAAAGUGGUUCAAGAAACAGCAACAUCCUCCACAGUGUACAUCUUUUCAAAUCAGACUGAAAAAGAAGGUUUUAAAGACAGUACCUCUAACAUAAAAGAAAUACAAACAGAUCCAGACCCUCCAUCAGGUUUGCUGAUUUGGGGAGAGGAGAAGAACGCAGUACAUUUAUGUGUGAAACUAUCACAAAGAGGGUUUGAAAAGUUUCAGGUAUCCCAUUAUAUGGCAUCUAGAAAGGACAAGCUAUUUCAUGUAAUUGUUUAUGGCAAGAAAGACAGAGUAAAAAUUUGGACUCCUGGUAUGGACUAUGUAUUUCAAGUGAAGAUAGUCAGAGGCAAAGAUUACAGUGUAUCUAUAAUGAAAACAGUGACUACAAAACCAGAAGAACCUGAGAGACAGAAAAGCUUCAAUAUUUCCACACAUUCUUUUUCUCUGCACUGGAGCCUGCCCGCUGGCUAUGAGGAUGGGUAUCAUGUGGAUCUUGUUCCUGACACUGGCUUUCUUACUAUCAAAGAUCUUGGGGGUGAAGAAUAUCAGGUAUAGUUUUC